UUUUGUCGGUUAUUCACGCCUGCUCCCCACAAAAAAAGUGGUUUCCUUUUUCGUCUUCUACAGCCGCUACCCACAAAAAGUGGUUCCCCAAAAUUGAAUCGAGUUACUGGAUGUCGAUGGGGUUAACAAUUCCUUCAAUCGGUUGCGCUUCCUCUUCUUCUUCAAGAGUCUGAUCGAAGUGUGUUUAUUUCCUUCAAUCGAUUUUCCUCUUCUUCAAGAGUUUGAUUGAAGUUUGUUGCCGCCUGCAACUUCCGUCAGUCUCCAAGUAAUUCCGGUUGUGCACCACCGUAUAUACUCCGGCGUAUUUCAAUUAUAAUUUCAAUGGCUAAAUCUUUUACUGCUGAGAAGUACCUAAAGAAAAUAGGCCUCGGAAAGGAGGACUACUACUUUUGGAAACAAAUAGGCAAAGGACUUCUAUGCACAUACGCAGUAUUUGGUGCCAUGUGGCUGUUCAACGAAACAUCCCCACUAGGUUGGUGGACACUAAAACCGGUCCCUAAAGAAGAGAAAGAACUGGCUCAUCUCUAUCAACGAAUCAAUUACCCUUACCCAGGUGACGAGGAGGCCAUGACUGAGUUCGUUGCAAAAGGUGGGAUGAUUGGAACCAUGGUGAGCGCCAAAGGGACCAUAGAAAUGGACUCGGGUCCAGGAAAUUAUCAAAAGCAGUUGCAGAAAGAGAAGUUUGAUCAAGAAGCACUCAAGUUGUGGCUGCGGAUGAAGAAUGAAGUUGUUCAAGAGCUUCAGGAGAAAGGGUAUGAUUUGCAGUGAGCCAGUGACAAUCUAGACUUGAUAUUAGCGAUUGGAGUGUAAUAAUGAUGGAUUGGUGGUUUCUAGUGUUUAUCGUUGUUGGGUGAAUUUGUAUCUUGAUUUUAUACCUAUCAAGAAGAUGCUUUGGUUAUUAUUUUACAGUGGCAUAGUUUAAACAAAAGUUGGUUA